UCACAAAGAUACUGCCGCCCUCGCCGCUCGAUCUGCCCCUCCACUUCCCCCACCACUCCCUCCUCCCAUCUCACGACGUCGCUCGCUCUCCAUCGCCUGUCUUCGCAGCUGCGGGGGCUGCGUCGUCUACCGCUGCCAACCCGAACACCUAUCAAAAUGGCAGCCGUGCAGGCCAGCACUCAGCCGGCCAAGGGCACGUUGAAAAUCGAGAACACGGACAAACGCGAUACGCUCAUCGCCAGCGAGAAGAAAUACCAAAAGCAAUGGCAGGACAGCAAGGUGUUCGAGCAGGACGCUCCGUCUCUGCAAGAUGUGCCCUUCCACGCCAUAUCGCCCUCGGAGCUGCGUCAGAAACACCCCAAGUACAUGGCCACCAUGGCCUACCCCUAUGUCAAUGGCACUCCGCAUUCCGGCCACGCUUUCACGGCCAGUAAGCUCGAGUUCGCGGUGGGUUGGGCGCGCAUGCAAGGCAAGCGAGCUCUCUACCCGCAGGGUUUCCACUGCACCGGCAUGCCUAUCAAGGCCUGCGCUGACAAGCUGGUGCGCGAGAUUGAGCUCUUUGGACAGAAUUUCGAGAAGUGCCCUGUGGACAACGGUGAGAGUGCGGAGGCCGAUACCGCGCCGCCCGCUCCUGUGCAGAACACCACCAAGGAGGAUGUCACCAAAUUCACAACCAAAAAGUCAAAGGCAGCUGCCAAGGUCAAUGUGGCCUUGAAGUACCAGUUCCAGAUCAUGCUGGCUAUUGGUAUUCCUAUCGAGGAGAUUCACAAGUUCGCCGAUCCACAGUACUGGUUGCACUACUUUCCUCCCCUCUGGAAGCGUGACUUGGACAACCUGGGAUGCAGAGUGGACUGGCGAAGGUCCAUGGUCACGACCGACGCGAAUCCGUACUACGACGCCUUUGUGCGGUGGCAGGUCAAUCGUCUGAAAGAGAUGGGCAAAAUCAGGUUCGGCAAGCGAUAUACAGUCUACUCGCCCAAGGAUGGUCAAGCGUGCAUGGACCAUGACCGAGCAAGCGGCGAGGGCGUGGGUGUGCAAGAAUAUACAGCAUUGAAGCUACGCGUGAAGGAAUGGGCAGAAUCAGCGAAGAGCAAGCUCGAAGGCAAGAUACCCGAGGGCGGCAACGUGUACUUCGUCCCUGCAACUUUGAGGCCAGAGACCAUGUACGGGCAGAACUGCUGCUUCGUCGGACCCAACGUGGACUACGGAAUAUAUGAAAUCAAGAAGGGCGAGGAGUACUACUUCGUCUCAGACCGAGCCGCAAGAAACAUGGCGUUUCAAAGCAUUUUCCCGGAGUGGGGAGUUUUCCCUAAGGUUGCCGAUUUCAAGGGAUCGGAAGUAGUUGGCACACUUGUCAAUGCACCGCUAUCUGUCCACAAGGAUGGAGUCUACAUUCUUCCUAUGGAAUCGGUCAAGCCAACGAAGGGAACUGGCGUUGUCACAAGUGUUCCUUCCGACUCCCCAGAUGAUUACGCGACAACCCUCGAUCUGCAAAAGAAGGCAGAUUUCUACAAGAUCAAGAAGGAAUGGAUCGACAAGGAAAUCGUGCCGCUCAUUGAGACGCCUGAUCAUGGCAACCUCAUUGCGAAGAAACUUGUGGAAACCAUGAAGAUCAACUCACCCAAAGACGCAAAACAAUUGGCCGAGGCUAAAGAAAUUGCAUACAAGGAAGGCUUCUACAAGGGCAAGAUGCUCAUUGGGAAAUACGCCGGAGAGCGUGUUGAGGAAGCAAAGCCCAAGGUGCGGCAAGACUUGAUUGAUGCUGGCGAAGCGUUUGCCUACGCGGAGCCAGACGGACAAGUCAUCAGUCGAUCAGGCGACGAGUGUGUCGCUGGUCACUUGGAUCAGUGGUUCAUGAAUUAUGGCGAGCCUGAAAAGUCGGGCGAUCCGGAUUGGCAACCAGCGGUUUUGAAGCACGUGCAGAACAAGGAUGGUAAUGGACUCAACACAUUUUCCACUGAAACCAAGAACGCUUUCGAACAGGUACUCUUCUGGCUUGCACAAUGGGCAUGUGCUCGAGGUUACGGUCUUGGCACCAAGCUGCCGUGGGAUCAGACGCAACUGGUAGAGAGCUUGUCCGACUCUACGAUCUACAUGUCGUACUAUACGAUCGCCCAUUUGCUCCACAAGGACAUUUUCGGCAAAGAGAAGGGACCGGCCAAUGUCUCAGCAGAUCAAUUGACGGAUGAUGUUUGGGAUUGGCUGUUCUGCAGGACUGAAGAAGUCCCGAAGGAAUGCUCCAUCCCAGAAGAGACACUCCACCGCAUGCGCCGUGAGUUUGAAUACUGGUACCCAUUGGAUCUCCGUGUAUCUGGAAAGGAUUUGAUCCAGAAUCAUCUUACAUUCUUCCUCUACGUACACGUCGCCUUAUUCCCACCGGAGUACUGGCCACGUGCUAUCCGAGCCAAUGGGCACUUGUUGCUCAAUGGCGAGAAGAUGUCCAAAUCUACUGGCAACUUCCUCACCCUAUACGACGCGACCGCGAAGUUUGGUGCUGAUGCGACUCGCGUCGCUUUUGCCGAUGCAGGCGACACUAUUGAGGACGCCAACUUCGACGAAACCGUUGCGAACGCCAAUAUCCUUCGACUUUUCGAGCUCCGACAGUGGUGCGAGAACGUCAUCCUGGACGCACGCGUGCUCAAGGAUGGGGUGUCGUAUGCCGAGGUGAGCAAGAAUGAGAGGCACAAGACGAACGAUGUCAUCGUCCGCACUGGAGAGAAGCUUUUCUGGGAUGAGCUAUUUGAGAACGACUUGAACGGUCUUGUCAAGGAGACGGAGCAGCGGUACCACGAUGCGGACUACAAAGCGGCUCUCAAGAGCGGAUUCUACGACUUCACGAACGCCCGCGACUUCUACCGCGAGGUCACCAAGGCUGCAGGCAUCGGAAUGCAUCAAGAUCUGGUCACGAGAUACGUGGAGCAACAAGCUCUGAUGAUCACCGUUGUGGCGCCCCACUGGGCAGAGCACAUCUGGCUCGAAGUUUUGAAGAAGCCAGACACUGUGCAGAACGCUCGCUUCCCACAAGUCCCAGACCAGAAACCAAACCUGACUGCUGCGCGCGAGUAUGUGCGCACAACUCAGAGCAACAUCACGGGAGCCGAGGGCGUUCAGCUCAAGAAGAUGGCCAAGGGCAAGCAAACUUCUUAUGAUCCCAAGAAGGACAAGAAGCUCUCCAUCUUCUUUGCGCAAAAAUUCCCGGCGUGGCAAGACAGCAUCAUCGAUGUCGUGCGUCAGAACUUUGCGAACAUGAAGGUCGACGUCGGAGCAGUGAACAAGAGCCUGCCCAAGACUGAAGUCAAGCGCGCAAUGCCGUUCGUGAACAGUCUGAAGAAGAAUUUGGAAAGCGGCAUUGACCCAACGACCGUUUUUGAGCGCAAACUGGCCUUCGAUGAGGCUGCUGUGUUGCACGAGAUGGUACCUGGCAUCAAGCAAACGGUGCAGAAGUGCGCCGUCAUCGAGGUCGUCCUGGUCGACCCAGAGACCAAGACUGGUAAGAUUGUGGCCGGCACACCUGGUGUGAAGAUUGGUGAGGAGAAAGAGACCCUGCCACCAUCUGCCGAGAAUGCUGUACCUGGUCAGCCUACCUCGUUCUUUGAGAACACGACAUCAUAAGCCGGUGCACAGGAUUGUCGGAAUCAAUGAGUGUAGGUCUGUGAUGUGGGUAUGGAGGGCAGAGAUGUCCUGGCCGGCCACUCUGUAUUGCUCAGGCGCCGAGCCUUGCACGAUGAAGAUGUAAAACGAAACGGGAACUGUAGCAAAAAGUGUAGGCAACUCUGCCAUGCAGACUCUGACCCUCAAUGUCUACU